AUGGUCUACACCGCCGAUAAGUAUUAUCGGACAUGUUUUGGUCGAAAAUUUUGGACAGAACGAGAGCUAAGCGGAGGAAGGGAGAGAGAGCUGGAGGCAACCGAUGCGGGGAGAAGGAAUGAAGCUGAAGAGUCGGCUAAGAUACCGGAUGAAAAUACAGAUGCAGAAUACUACAAAGCAGUUGAGGAAUUUAUGAUGCAUGGGCCAUGUGGAAAAGCACGUUUGAAUUCGCCUUGUAUGGUAGAUGGACGAUGUUCAAAACAUUUUCCUAAGAGAUUUGUUGAUUGUGCAUCUUUUGAUGAUGAUGGAUAUCCGUUAUAUAAACAACGGGACAAUGGGAUGACAAUUACAAAGAAUGGCAUUGCAUUGGACAACAUAGUGGUGCAACCAGUCCCGCUCAAUAUAAUCAAGUACCUGUUCAAGUAUGUAAAUAAGGGACAUGAUCGGGUAACAGCCAAGUUCUACAAAACUAGCAAUGAUGAAGACACUACUACAGUCAUAGAUGAGAUUAAUAUGUACUAUGACUGUAGGUACAUUUCACCCUGCGAAGCGGUUUGGCGUUUGUUUGGUUUUGAUAUACAACUUAGGGCUCCUUCCGUGGAAAGGUUAAGCUUUCACCUCCCGAAUCAACAAACGGUGGGGUUCUGCGAUGACGAUCCAGUUGAGAACAUUGUUAAUAGACCCACUAUAGCACAGAGCAUGUUCUUAGAAUGGUUUGAGGCUAAUAAGACAUUCCCAGAUGCAAGAAAUCUGACUUAUGCUGAGAUGCCAACGAAAUUCGUGUGGAAGAAAGAUGUUAGAAAAUGGCAGCCAAGGCAAAGACGUUUCGCAAUCGGAAGGAUUUUUUACGUACCACCAGCCACGUGGGAAAUAUUUUAUCUUAGAUGUUUGUUGAAUAAAGUAUGUGGUCCUAGAAGUUAUGCCGAUAUAAGAACUGUUGAUGGUGUGCAAUAUGGUUCAUUCCGGGAUGCGUGUUAUGCUAGGGGUUUAGUUGAUGAUGACAAAGAAUAUGUUGACGCAAUUGAGGAAGCAAGUCAUUGGGCGUCUGGAGAUAAGUUGAGGAGAUUGUUUGUUACAUUGCUAAUGACAAGUUGUAUAGGAAAACCGGAAGCCGUUUGGAGUGUUGUGUGGCAACAUCUGUCUGAAGAUGCACAAUAUCAAAUACGAAAACAAUUGCAUAAUACAGAUUACGUCAUGAAUGAUGCUGAGAAGAAGAGCUUUGCUUUAGUUGAGAUUGAAAAGAUGUUAUCAAUGAUGGGAAAAAGUUUGAGGGACUUUCCAGAAAUGCCAACGAAAAACUACGAGACACACAGUUUAAUAUCCAAUAGGCUCAUACAUGAAGAAUUGGCAUAUGAUUGUCUUGCUCGUAGAUAUUGUUACUCCCCCUGA